AUGAUCAGUGGUCGAUUAAGCAAAAAAUUAGUUCCUAGGAUUCAUGAUCUUCGACAACUCUCCUCUGUUUGUAUCUAUUGCUGGGAUACAAAGGCAUGCAAACGCUGGGCUAAAGAGUAUUCUAAAAUAAAACGCGUUCACAAUCAACUCGAUAGUCUCAUUCUGCAAAUUAAAGCAGACCAAAAAGAUCGAGGAAAAGUGAAAGAACCAAUGUCGAUAAAUAUUUAUAAUGCUGGCAGCAAUGCGGAUAAAUCAACAACAGAACUUAAUGGUAAUUUUAUUCAUUCUCUAUUAUUGAUCGACGUUCUCAUCAGAUUACCAUCCAAUAAAACAGACCAACAGAAGCUCGUUGAAUUUUGUAAAGAUGAAUAUGCUGAUAACGAACCUCAACUAGAAAUUAUUCGUGGUUUUGAACGUAGUUAUCAAUCUAGAAAAGCUCUAUGGUGGUAUACGCGUAACACAUUUGUAUACAAGAUGUUAAAUAAAGCAUUGCGAAUACAAAAUACUGAACUCCUAUCAUUAUUUCGUUUCGUAAUUCGUGACAUACGUCAGCUACUAGAAAAAAAUCAAUGUCAAGAACCUAUUAAAGUGUAUCGAUAUCAAACAAUAUCAACUCAAGAAUUGGUUAAUCUUGAAAAAUCGAUCGCAUGCAUGAAAAAUGAUACUGACAAAAUCUGGAACAUUAAAAUGGAAUUAGCAGGUGAUGAUGACAAUGAUUCGGAAAGUCUGUUCAAUCGUCUGAAGAAAGAUUAUGGCGGUGGUGAGAAAGAAGUUGGUCGUCGAUCACUUGGUGAUGUACUACAAUUUAUGGGGGGAAAAUGA